GUCAGCAUUGGCAACCGGAUCGAGUUGUUGUUGGCGGGAGUUCUGAAUUUGAGCUCCCAGGAAAUACAUAAAAAAUCGCAAAAGCAGGCGUAAUUCAAAGAAAAAAAGGAUAACAUCUAUCAAGAUGGUUAUGAACCGUGGAUAUUACCGCACCGACCAUGAGUCGGUGUCUGAUGGUAAAAUUAAUGAAGGAAAUCGUAGAUCUCAACUGCCCCCUCUCCAAGAGCCUAGGACCAGCCUGAGGUCCUACCCUCCCCCAGAAGCAGGGAGGAGAAUUAUGUUCCCCACUAAGCAAGAAACCAAGAAACAGUUCCCUCAAGCAGAGGCCAAGAGUGCAGGAAUGCUGCCAAAAAUACAGGGUACCAACAGGGGUAACAGCAAAUUCAAAGGAUAUGUUCCCGGCCUAACUGUCAGGGAUGCAGAGCGCAAGCCAAUCAAGGAAGAGCUCUCCUACUUGGACAAGGCAAUGGGAAAACCCACAAACCUAUUUCCUGAUGUAAAGGAUAGCCAGGGAAUUGCUACUCGCCAUAUGCAAAAGAUCAAGAUGAAGCCAAGAACACUUCUCACUUUCGAAAUCAUGGACAAUCACCUGCCACAGCCGGAGAGCCGCUACAUUGAUCUACCCCACAUUGGGGCUCAGACAAAGAUGUCUCCUCGUUCUCAUGAGAGCAGGCUGCAAACCCCAACAAGGUGCGAUUCCCGAGCUGGCGGACAGAAAUUACCAUCCCUUGGAGGGGGACGUCCUGGCACAAGCAAGGCUCGCCGGGGUGCUCCAAGGCACGGCUACUAAAUCACAAACCUGUACUGACCACAAAGGAGACCUCACCUUAUUGUAUUAAUGAACAAUAUUUGAAAUGUUUUAAAAAGGGCAUUGGUACAUUUAGAAAGACAUAUUUAAUAUUUUUGUAAAAAUUGAUCCUAUGUAAAUUGUUCAUUUUAGAUACAGGCAGGUUAAAAAGAUAAGUUUUAUUUAAGAAAUUGUCCUAAAUGUGUAUUGAAACAAGUUUACUUUCUAGAUGCUAAACAACAUUUAAUUCUUCCUUUUGAAAUUUCAUAACAAUUUAAAUAAUUCUGGUUUGCUAAAGUUCAUCCAGAAAUCCUGUAAAAUUCUUAUUUACAUAAGUCUCCUUCUGUGGAAAGUUACCCAGAUUUAUUACCUCCUCAUUCUGGGUAGUGUUUGUUUUAGUUAACUUGUCCCUAUUGGCCUUAUCUGUACAUGUCUCAUGAGUUUGGAUCAAUGAUUUUGGUGUUUACCUUUGUAAAAUCAAUGCUUACACUUGAGUUAUUACACUCACCAAAUAUCUACGAGAUGAUAUUUAUAUGCAUUGAGAUAACAGAGUGUCUUUAUGGCUGUAAUGUUACAGUCACAUUGUUUUAUUGUAUUUAUUUAUGUGAUUCAUGUCGAAGUGCUUUGUAACUUCCAUAGAUCUCUGUUAUAUCAGAUAGCUCAAUUUAUAUUGCUUUAGCUAAGAAAUAUGUGCUGUGCACUACAUAACAAGUAGAAGCUUGAUGAGGAACAGGCCGCACAGUAGUGUGCAGCAAGUAAAGCCAAAAUAUGUAAAAUUGUAAAUCAAAAUAUGUAUACCAUUGUGUUCAUGUGUACAGAGAAACACAAGUUCAUUCAUGGCUAGAGUAUCACUAAAAUAUGUUACUGUGAACAGCGCUGAAUCAAACUGUUACAGUGUACAGCUCCACACCAAACUGUGCUGCUGUGUACAGCGCCGCACCAAACUGUGCUGCAGUGUACAGCGCCGCACCAAACUGUGCUGCAUUGAACAGUGCCGCACCAAACUGUGCUGCAGUGAACACCUUGCACCAAACUGUGCUGCAGUGUACAGCGCCGCACCAAACUGCACUGCUGUGUACAGCGCCGCACCAAACUGCUGCUGUGUACAGCACCGCACCAAACUGCUGCUGUGUACAGCGCCGCACCAAAAUGUGCUGCUGUGUACAGCGCCGUACCAAACUGUGCUGCUGUGUACAGCGCCGCACCAAGCUGUGCUGCUGUGUACCAUGCAUUAUCAAUCUGUGCUACUGUGUGCAGGAUGGCACAAAAAGGUGCAAAUAACAUUUAGUAAUUUAAUAUUGCUUUUGCAAUGCCACUAUUGUGCAAUAUGCUGUGUUUGGUUAAUUGAUACAUUUUAAAUACCAAGUCAUUUUUAUAAUACAUUAUUUUUUUAUUUUUAUAUCACUUUACAUCUGAUGAGAAGUUUUAAUGUCUGGAAACAACAAUGCUUAUUGUUCAGGAUCUUUUCAUUGUCAUUACAAUUGUAUAACAACUUGUCAUUUACACCUGCUUCAAAACUUUUUCCUGAUGAUCCUACUAGUCUCAAAGGAAACUUUGAUGCCACUUGCACUCUAAGUUUCUAUUUGGUAGAUUCCAAAAAUGUAAAGAUUGUAAUUAUCUGGGAGAUUUUCAAAAAUUAAGGUUGUGAUUAUUAGGGAGAUUUCAAGAUUUGUAUAGUUUAUAAUUACUUAAAUUUCAAAAAGGUUUAUAAUUAUUUAAAUUUCAAAAAGAUUCAAGUUAGAAAGUAUUUUGGGAGAUUUUAUAAUUAGUUCAGGUAGUUUAUGAUUAUUUAGGAACUUCCAAAGUUUGAAAGUUUUGGGGAGAUUUCAAAAUAAAUAAAGUUUGUUAUUUCAGGGAAAUUUCAUUACUAUUAAAGCUGAUCUUUAUUUGGGAGAUUUCAAAUGAUUAAACUUUAUAUUUACUUGGGAGAUUUCAAAAUUAUAAAAGUUUGAACUUAUAGGGAGAUAUUAAAAAUAAAUAAAGUUUAUAUUUACUGGGGAGAUUUCAAAAUUGUUAAAGUCUGUAAUUAUAGGUAGAUUUCAAAAUCGAUUAAGGUUAAUAUUUACUGGGGAGAUUUCAAAAUUGUUAAAGUUUGUAAUUAAAGGGAGAUUUCAAAAUUGUUCAAGUCUAUUAUUAAAGGGAGAUUUCAAAAUUAAUAA